CUUGAAAAUUCGAUAAUUACUUCAAUCGCUCAGUUCAUGCCAGUAUUUUUACUUCUGCUUCUAAGUUGUAAAGUAGGGAACAGUUGAAUUUUAACUUAUUUAACAUUUUACGCGCGAUGUGCUUGACUAUGCUGACUUUCUGGUAUGCCACCCUACCUAGUUGUAUUUAGCUGCUUGUCGAACACUGGAGUAAAUACUAAACAAAGCAGUUUUCUACAUGUAGGUGAUUUUUCGAUGUCGGUUUCGGCGAAUCUGUAUCAAACUCAGGCUUUUGUUCAGAACGGAGAUGAGUAGAGAAUAAAUAUGAUAAUUGAAAAGCACAGUUCAACAGGCAAAAUGGACUAUUAGACGGGGAAAUUUUAUAUUUCUGAAUAAGAUCUCAUAUUGAUGAUGCAAAAACUUGGCAAGGGAGAUUGAAAACUAGUCCACACAACUUGCAUUUUCUUGCACAUAGCUUGUGAUUCGGCUUUUUAGGCGAGAUCAUAUUUUUCAACUCAUAUUUCCGUCGGUUGGCCACAUUUCGAAAUUAUGCGUUUUUUUUUGGAUCUGAUAACACCGAUACUAAUAGCAGACCGCAAUACGGAGGUCGCCCAGGGCUAAAUAUCUAGUUUAACAGUUUUGGAGUGUAGUUCUCAGACGAAGACUACGGUUAUAUUUAUGGACACCGUAUUCGAUUUAACCUCGCACAAAAACUAUGGUUGAUUUGGGUCAGUGUCAGCUGUUUGCAUAUAGAAAAAAGGAAUUCAGUCGAGACAACAAGUCUGUUAGAUUAUUAUUAAGCGAGUAAUACUUUUUCUACAGUUUGGAUGAACAAGAUUUACAAUUUAUGUAAACAUUUACAAGUAAUAGUUAAACAAAAUACGUUUUACAGGUUAAAAAACACAAUGAUAGCAAUGUCAUCUCCAUAUGAGAAAGAGUUGAAUACUUCACCAACAAAAAAACUGAACGUUUUUGAAGGUAUCCGUUAUCUUUCGGGAUUCCUCUGUCGUCGAUUCCGCAACGCGCUUCUUAUUAUAUUAAUUAGUCUAUUUUUCGUUUUCAUUCACUGCAACAUUGAAAACAAAUGGACCCAGAAAUAUGCACCUACUAAAGUAUUGGUGAAUAAUUUGAAGAAGCGAACGUUUGACCGCGCCAUUUUGACUAGAGAGCAUAUUAUGUCUGCUACAAGGAAUGAUAGUUUUUCUACGAAGUCAGUUUCUAUUACAUUAACGAAACCUCGAAACACCCUUUCUCCAAAAUUCAAACAUUCACCGCAAAGAGGAAACAGCGAUAAAAUUACUAUAAGUGCGGUAUCUUCAACACCUGUAUUACGUAGUGCGACAAUUGAAUCCACAACAAAAAGAAGCAAUGUUGAAUAUACAUCACUCAGCGCAACAGAAAUAAAAUCAAAUACGGAGACAAAAGUUUCAUCUAAAUAUGAAGUCAACGAUAAAAAAUAUCAUAAAAACUGGUUAACGGCGUACACGGCAGGUUUGCCUGAAAAUCUUCACUAUUUACUCGAGACUUUACUUCUGAGGGAUUUUACAGUCGGAGAUAAUUUUUCGGUAUCAACUGACGAUCGGACAAAUAGAGUUCCUCCGUGUAAGCGGGGAUACUUCAGAUUAAAUGGAAUGCGAUCUUGUCACAAAUGGCUUCAAUGCGAGGAAACAUCAAAAAUCGUAGGAGAUGAAUUGUAUGGCAGCGGAGUUGGAAAAAUUAUUCAAGCUGCUAAAUGGCGAAACAUGUACGAUGUUGCGGUGGUCAGUUUACGUAAAGAUCGAAUAAAGUACAAAUGGUUUGUUCGACGAGUACAAUCUGGUGUAAACAACAUGCUGAUGGUUCAACCUAGUCCGUAUGCAACACAGGUUGUUGGAUAUUGCGAGAAAGGCAACACGACAGUAAUGGUCAUGGAAGCCUGCAAACAAGGCAAUUUCCGUUCUUUCUACUGUGGGGGAAAGUUUCGUCAACUGCCUGUGAUACAGAAAUUCCAGUUUGCAAUACAAAUGGUCGCACAGUUUGAUUAUUUGCACAGAGGGCUGGGAUUGCCCAGAGUUCACUGCGAUCUACAUACCGUGAUGCAGGCAUUCGGACAAUAUGUUGUAAGUAACGAUGGACGAUUGUUUUUGAGCGAUCUUGAUGAAAUUCCACAAAUCAAUCGAGAAAACAACUCAUUUCCAACUUGCGAAUGUGAACCAAUGGGCAUCAUGAGCCAACCGGAAUUUUUGGCUCCAGAAAUAAGAUACACUCAACUAGAAUUUAAUGACGGAGUAUCUCGCAAGCCUGUAACGGAAGCUGCGGACGUUUGGAAGAUUCCGGAUCUUACGGCCAAUAUCUUGUUUUCCGUGAAGGGUCACAGAUCCUUUGAAAUUUACAAAUUGAUGGAAUACCAUCUGAGUCCAGAUCUGCAAGAAAUACACGAUAAAUGUAAAAAGCGCAAUCCGAAGGAUAGACCAAAUUCGAGGGAAGUUUUAAUUCGUUAUCUCGAGGUUUACGAAAAGUUAUUAAAAGACAAACGUAAAAGAUGAUUACACCAAUAACCAGGGCCAUGACAAUUGUGUCAUUCAUAUAAAAGCAAAGGGGUACUCAUGUAGUAUGUGAACCAAGAUGGCGGAUAGUGUUAAGGUUGGGCCAUAAUUUCAGGUGCAAAUACAACGAGAGUCACUUGGCUAGUCCCCGGACUCGUAAUAGAACAAAAAUAAGGAAAAUUAGAAUAGGAUUAUGUCCUAACCCUAACCUGGUACACAUACUACGGUCAGGUGUCCGCCAUCUUGGUGCAAAUACUACGGGAGCGCCAGCAAAUGUGGUAUUUGAGAAUAAAAAGGAAGAAUUAUAUGCAACAAUCCGGGAUAUAUUGACGAAGGAAAUUAUAGUGGUCGUUAUCUAUCAAUGAAAGCGCUUUGGAAAAGGCUCCGUGCCCUGGAAACAAGUAUCAACAGUUACCAAGAAAAGAGAUUGACUAAGAAUUACGAGUGCCAACUUUUUGAAAGACGAACCAUUUUCAUGCAAAAAAAUUUGAAGGAAUUUUCGUCAAUUGGGUUUAUCAUUAUUACGUAUUGCCCAACUCUUUGUAAAUCGAAUGAUUUACAUAGACGAAUAUUUAACGCUAAAAAUAAGAGCUAAUUUUUCUUAUCCGAUUAGUUAAAACAACUAUUCAUCUUCAAAGUAAUCUCGCUGUAUGAAUUCUGUGACUUCAUGUAGAAUUCGGUGGUGCUUCAUUGUUUAUUUAUAUUUUAUUUCUUAUAUAUACUUUUAAUUUCUGUGCAUAGGAUAGGAUUUACAUAUUAUCCCGGGGAGUGGAAAGCCAUUAGAACGGCUUAAUCAUAUUCCUAAUCACGGAUACCAGUCCAUGUCGGGUAUGAGAUGAGUUCAGCCAGCUAGUUGUUUUCAUAUACAUGGCCUUGAUGGUGGAGAACCGUGGUCACGUGAAUCACCUUGCAAUUUAUAUGACCUAUUUAUACGCAUUCUCUCCGAAAACGGCUCCACAUAAGCAGCCACUGCUGGGUGAUGAGCUUACUAUGAGUUUGGAUAGAACGGAACCUUUCCGUUUCUGCAUUGUCUACCCAAUAUAUUAUAUUACACCGUUGGUGAGGUGGUGGUGAUGAGCGUGUCCGGUAAAUUCGCCGCAGGAAAUUUAGUCGCAUAGGAAAAUUCGCGGCAUGAAAAAUCGCAGCAAGAGAAUUUUGCUGUAAAAUAAGUAUAUAUUUGUGAUAGCAUGAAAAAUCGCCGCAAGAGCAUUUUGCUGUAAAACAAGUAUUUGUGAUAAGGUUAGGGUAUGCUCUUAAAUAACGACGCUUUUUCAAAUAGAAAACUGUAUUUAUCACAAAUACUUGUUUUCAGCAAAACGUUCUUGCGGCGAUUUUUCCUACGCGACGAAAUAUCCUGCGGCGAGAUUUUAUACGACGAAUUUUCUUAGAACCGGUAAUGAUAUGUGAACCUACGAUGGCAUCUACCGCUUGCACCACUAGGCCACCGCGCCAACGUCGUGUUUUAUUAAUUGAUUUCACACAUAUUAAGCCUCAGGGAUGCACAUUGAAUAUAUUAUUUUGUGAAUGUCUCCAAAUCAAUAUAUUAUUUGUUUUCUGUAUUCCUCCACAAGACGAAUAAACAACGUACACGUAUAUUUUCAAGUCGAAUAUUUCUUGUAAUUAUAUCCAUGGCAAGAUGCAA